CCACGGCACGAUCAAUGGCCGCUUAAUAGGAUCGCGAUAUUUACCUUCUGCUACGAUCUAUAAAAUUAUCGAUAGCAUUUUUUUUUAUAAAGAAAAGUAUCGUCAGUCUACUGGAAGAGCAGGAUAUUUUUUUUUUAAGUUGUGAAAGUACGAACGACGUCCGCGCAAAACUGAUCGAUCGAUCGAUCCUACCAGCGAGUAAUUUGCGAAGAAAUCAGUUCCGAGUGUCUUUUUUAAAAUUCUCGAGCGAAUGAUAAGACGAGUGUCGGGACUAGUGCGAUUAUUACCAAUUAUAUGUCGGUGCAAGAAAGAUAAACGACAAUCGGUCAACACGCUAGCCGAUAAAUCGCUUGAAUAAUUGACGCGGUUGUGAAAUUUGUCACACAGCAUAAUAAAUUCAAUAAACUGCUCUCGAAUGAACGGGAUCGAAACAUCUAUUGAAUAUUGAUUACUAAACGACAUAUAGAAUCAUUCGACUGCAGAGCUCUGUGAUUAUCGAAGGAUAUAUCAAUGGAUGUAUGGAAGUGCAUUUAAUUUUUCAAGUAACAAGAUCAUAAGAAUAUAAAAAGUUUCACGAAAGCGAAAAAAAAAAUGAAUGAGAUUUAUGAUAGAAGAAGAAAGAUUUUUCAUGUAAAAGGUAGCCGAUUCAACUACAAUAUUCUGAAAGUAAACUACUUUUCUCUUCAAUUUCUCUCUGUUUCGAGUAAAUUAAGAUACGUUUAACUGUACUGUAAGUUGCUGAUAUCCUAACGAAGAUAGAAGAAAAAGACAGAGAUGCGCGAACAGCAAGCAGAUAGAAAGGGAACGAGAGAGCGACUCAUCGGCGAGUGGGGAUUCGCGAUAAAGACAGACGAACCGAGAAGAAAGGUAGAGGGACUGAGAAGGAAGAAGAAAAGAGAAGAGAAGAGUGAGAGAGAGGUUGAUGGCGCGUCGAUGUCAAGUCUUUUAUCUGCCGGACGAGAGAGUCGCCAGGCAUGAGCUCUGUUCCACCGAAAGACGGACAUGGCUUUUCGUCGUUCACUUGAGGAGUGACGCUUGCAGUUGAUCCGGAGGACGACGACACACAACUACGCGCGUUACACGACUCGACUGAUUACAGCUCGUACAGUCGCCGCCUCCAUCUCUCCAUCCGCCGCUGCCUCCACCCGCCUCCUGGUGUUUCUACCUCUCGGCAUCGCUCGGCUUUCGUCUUCUUUCUUUAUUUUCUUUUUUCUUUUUUUUUUGGCACUUGGCGUUCCCGAGCGAUUCGACAAAACAAGAUCGUUGAUCGGAUCGUCUCGUGUAAGACUGACACGACAUCGCGCGUUUGGCUGUCGACCUACUGAGAACUAGCUGGAUCCCCACUGGAUCUUUUCACUACGGGAUCGAUCAUGGACGACGAGAAGAUUAAGCUAUUCAAGGAUAAAGCAAUUUAUGGCUAUGGAACGAGUAUUCCUCCGAACAAUAACGAAGAUGAGGAAAGUGAAUUGCCGCCACGUAAAGUGAUCUUUUGCGUUCAUGGAAAAUUGUCAGGUUGUUGCACGGUAGUGAAAGGCUCUCUCGAUGACAAUGCAACUAUGGACUAUCAACAGAAUCCGACAACAUCCCCAGAAGAUCAUUGUCACAGAGAGAGAAACGAGGAGAUCGACAAGAAAGCUCGAAAAAAAUUGUUGAUCGCGAGUGCACUCUGCGUUAUUUUUAUGAUAGCAGAAAUCGUCGGCGGAGUAUUGUCAAAUAGUUUGGCGAUAGCGACCGAUGCUGCACAUUUGUUAACUGAUUUUGCAUCAUUUAUGAUAUCUCUCUUUUCCAUCUGGGUCGCGAGCAGACCGGCAACCAGAAAAAUGCCUUUUGGUUGGUAUCGCGCGGAGGUAAUCGGUGCGUUAACUUCUGUUUUACUAAUAUGGGUGGUCACUGGCAUUCUAUUCUACCUCGCAAUUGAAAGGAUUGUCCACAAAGAUUUCGAAUUGAACUCGACGGUGAUGCUAAUCACGUCUGCAGUUGGUGUUGCGGUAAAUCUAGUAAUGGGUUUAUCGUUGCAUCAACAUGGUCAUAGUCAUGGUGGACACAGUCACGGCGGAAACAACGAUUCAGAAAGCGGGCUUGAUGAUGAUCUCAAAGGUGAACAUACGAAAAGGAACAUCAACGUUCGUGCAGCUUUCAUUCACGUCUUGGGUGAUUUUAUUCAGAGUAUAGGAGUAUUCAUCGCGGCAUUAAUCAUUUACUUUAAGCCAAGUUGGAGCAUAGUAGAUCCCAUAUGCACAUUCCUCUUCUCCGUACUAGUUAUCCUCACCACGGUGGCAAUUAUUAAGGACGUAGUGAACGUCCUGAUGGAAGGAAUUCCAAAAGGUUUCGAGUAUUCUCAAGUGGAAAGUACCUUUAUGCAAAUAGAUGGAGUUGUUAAGGUGCACAAUCUUAGAAUCUGGGCACUCUCGCUCGACAAGACUGCCUUGUCGGCGCACCUCGCUAUAAAACCUGGAACAAGCCCUCAGAACAUUUUACGCACUGCCACGCGAAAUAUUCAUGACAAGUAUAAAUUCUUUGAGAUGACAUUACAGAUAGAGGAAUUCAAUGAGCGAAUGGAGAAUUGUAAGCAGUGCAAAGCGCUAUCGCAAUAAAUUAUCGCGAUAUUGUACUUAUACGUACCUCAAACGCGAUAUAAGGGACGCAGCAUGCACCGGAGAUAAUUUUAGAAGUCUUGUGAUCAUUACGAUGCUCCACCGAAAGACAAUGAGAUUGUUCCGUAUGCGAAGGCAGCGUAGAUGCAUUAUGUUCACAACUGUUAUAUAUUUUUUCUUUCUUUUAACUUUAUAAGAAAAUGUACGAACAGUCAGUAAUACUCGUACAAUGCGAUACGUCUAUUGUCAAUAGUCAUUUGUUAUUUGCGACUUAGAUAAAUUAUAAAUAGUUUCACAUAGUUAGAUAUACAUUCUUAAUAGUUACAAUUGCUGCAAUUAUAAGAGGAUUUGUAAUUGUUUCUCCUGAUUGGCUACCACAUGUUAAAAUGUUUCUUUACCUCCAAGAUAAACAUUGUGAUUAACGUUUAUUUUAAAGGUGACUUGGUCUAUUCACAGUAAAAGUUACAACUUGACUGAUUUUAUAAUCAGUGAUUUUGUAAGAAAUACCAUUGUAUAUAUUGAAAUAUUAAAAUAGAAAAGAAGAGAAAGAGCACAGACGAAUAAAAGUUCUUCUCGCAAUAAACUCAAACUGAUUGCAUAAUUCCGUGUAAAAGCAGAGCAUCUGUGUCGCAAAUUUAACAUUGUUUUAAGAUAAUUUGUAUAAUAUAAAAUAUUGUAUUUAAUAGAAACAAACAAUGUAAGCAUUUGCUUGACAUUCUGUAAUUUAUCUUCAGAGUGCUCAUCAAUAGUUGUUAUAAAAAUAAUUUUUACACUUUGAAA